AUGCCUUAUGUAGCUCCUGAAGUAUUAAAAGGAAAGCCUUAUACUCAAGAAGCAGAUAUAUAUAGUUUUGGUAUGAUUAUGUAUUUUGUAGCAACAGGAAGACAACCUUUUUCUAAUUGUGUACAUGAUCAUUACUUAGUAUUAGAUAUUUGUAGAGAAGGAAUUAGACCUGAAAUAAGUGAAUCGGAAGCACAAAAAUGUUAUAUUGAUUUAAUGAAAAGGUGUUGGGAUUCAAAUCUAGAUAAUAGACCAAAUGCUACUGAAGUAGCUAGUUAAAUUUAUUGAAUUAUUUAAUUGACGAAAAUGAAGAAUUUAUUGACAAAGUAGAAGAAUAUAGAAUAGUAAAUCUUUUACCUGCUGAAAAUAGCCAAUUAAAUACCCAUUCACAAGCAUAUUAUACUUCUUGAUUACUUAAUCCAUUUACUACUGAAUGGCGUGAAGGCUUAGACUGUGCAAUUGAAGAUUAAGCUAAAAUUAGAAUAUUAUUGUUACUUUUGAAAUCAACUAUAAUAUUUUAAGGUAAGACAAAAUAUUGUAAUAAGUAUUUUACAGUACAUGCGGCAUGCCUUGAUAUUUAUUAUUUAUGAUUACAUUUAAUA